AUGCCGCAGACUGCUCGAUGGGCGGGUACCCCCUCUAUCAAGGGGAAGUCGGAGUCGAUGCGCAUGAUGCUUCUGACGUUUAGUUUGGUGGGACUACAAUUUACAUGGGGUACUGAGAUGACAUAUUGUACACCCUACCUGCUCCAACUCGGACUAACAAAGUCGAAAACAUCAUUGGUGUGGAUUGCUGGACCGCUCUCUGGAUUGAUUAUCCAGCCUCUUAUUGGUGUUAUUGCAGAUCGAUCACGAUCGAAAUGGGGCCGACGAAGACCGUUCAUGAUUGUCGGAUCUUUUGUUGUGGCGUUUUGUCUUGUUAUUCUUGGGUGGACGGCUGAGAUUGUGAAUAUGUUUGUUAAGGAUCCUGAGAAGGCUAAAAAUGUUACUAUUGCAUUGGCCGUUUCGAGUAUAUAUGCGGUGGAUUUCUCGAUUAAUGUUGUGCAAGCGUGUUGUCGCAGUUUGAUUGUGGAUACAUUACCGAUUCCGUUGCAACAAGGUGGAUCUGCUUGGGCGGGUCGAAUGUCUGCUAUUGGCCAAUUGAUUAGUUAUGUGGUGGGUUCUAUUGAUACCGUGAGUAUCUUUGGGAGUCUUCUUGGAGAUACACAGUUUAAGCAGAUGACUGUUAUUGCGGCAUUUUCUUUGGUUGCGGCUGUUGCAGUGACCUCGUACUCUGUGAAAGAGCGUGUCCUUAUCUCGCCGAGGGACUCUGAAGGAAAUGUUGGAGCAAUCCAAGUGAUUUCCCAACUAUUCAAAACUACCAUGGAACUCCCACCGCGCAUCCAGGCUAUCUGCUGGGCUCAAUUCUGGGCCUGGAUCGGCUGGUUCCCAUUCCUCUUCUACAGCACAACAUGGGUAGGCGAGACCUACUUCCGAUACGAAGUACCAAAAGACGACCUAGCUAAGUCAACCGACAUGCUCGGCGAAGUCGGUCGAGUAGGCAGUCUAUCCCUCGUGGUCUUCUCAUCAAUCACCUUCUUCUCCUCCGUCCUCCUCCCCUUCUGCGUAACAUCCCCCGAAAUGAAACGCUCCCGCUUCACCCCCCGCCCCCCACCAGGAAUAGCCAGCUUCUUAAAAUCCCUCACAAAAGUCCGCCCCGAUCUCCAAACAGCCUGGUUCAUCUCCCAAAUCAUGUUCGCCGCAACAAUGAUCUUCGCCCCGCUCGCACACUCCCGCGCAUUCGCAACCUAUCUCGUCGCUAUCUGCGGUAUCCCCUGGGCUAUUAGCAGCUGGGCUCCCUUCGCAUUCAUGGGCGUGGAAAUCAACAAGUUAACCAUGAAUGCGGCCGCUGCACCAGGAAUAGCAGCUUCAUCAACCCGUUCCGGCGUGACGAUGAUAACAUCAGCCAGUUUGCGCAAUACACCUGCCGUAGAUACUGAGCUAGAAGUUCUACGUCUGAACCAUCGGGAUUCAGAUAAUGAUUACGAUUCAGACGAGGAGGAUCAGUCUUCUCUGAAUUCUAAUAUCCCUUCUACUGGUGAGCUGGCAGGGAUCUAUCUCGGCGUUUUGAAUGUUUACACCACUCUGCCGCAAUUCGUUGGGACAUUCAUCAGUUGGAUUGUAUUUACUCUUCUUGAGCCUGGUGCGGAACCGGAUAAGGAUCGUGAACCCGAUACACAGUGGAUGAAUCUUGAUAAAGAUCGGCCGAACGCUAUUGCCAUUUGUCUUUUUAUUGGAGCGUUGAGUGCACUUGUUGCUGCUGAGGCGACGAGACGUUUACGAUACGUGUUAUAG